UCCGCGGAGAGAAGAGAAGGGGCUUCGCUGGAGGACGAAGUUGGGGAGAGGAGGCGGGUCUCCCCUCAGGCAACGCUGCGGGCGUGCGGGCGGCGUGACUCUGGCGCGGAGUUAGCCCGGGAGGAGCCUCUCUGGAGGGGGGAGGAGGAGGAGGAGGAGGAGGAGAGUUCGCCUCAGUUUGGGGCCCAGAGAUGGUGCCGGCGCCAGGGUUAUCCGCCUGAACUCUCUCCCUCCGCGUCGUGCUCUAGCUUCUUUGCGCCGCUUCGCCCUCAGCCUCCUCUUCUCGGGAAGGGUUGCGGGACCAGGGGAGCCUCUCCCUGCCUCUUCAAGCAAGGAAGCGCCGCGGGGAGCAUCAUCCUCAUCAUGUCCACCCCGAGCAGAUUCAAGAAGGACAAAGAGAUCGUGGCCGAAUAUGAAAGUCAAGUGAAAGAGAUUCGAGCUCAAUUAAUAGAGCAACAGAAAUGUCUGGAGCAGCAGACUGAAAUGAGGGUGCAACUUCUUCAAGAUCUGCAAGAUUUCUUCCGUAAAAAGGCAGAAAUAGAAACAGAAUAUUCUCGCAAUCUAGAAAAAUUAGCAGAAAGAUUCAUGGCAAAAACAAGAAGUACAAAAGACCACCAACAAUACAAAAAAGACCAGAAUCUGCUAUCUCCAGUAAAUUGUUGGUAUUUACUACUCAACCAAGUGAGACGGGAAAGCAAAGAUCAUGCAACUCUGAGUGAUAUUUACCUGAACAAUGUCAUCAUGCGCUUUAUGCAGAUAAGUGAGGAUUCCACCAGGAUGUUCAAAAAGAGCAAAGAGAUUGCAUUCCAGCUACAUGAGGAUUUAAUGAGGGUUCUUAAUGAGCUUUAUACGGUCAUGAAAACAUACCAUAUGUAUCAUACAGAGAGCAUCAGCGCAGAAAGUAAACUGAAAGAGGCCGAAAAACAAGAAGAAAAACAAAUUGGCAGGUCAGGAGAACCUGUUUUUCAUAUUCGUCUGGAGGAAAGACACCCAAGGCGGAGUUCUGUGAAGAAAAUUGAAAAAAUGAAGGAAAAGCGUCAAGCGAAAUAUUCUGAAAACAAGCUGAAAUCCAUUAAGGCCAGAAAUGAAUAUUUAUUAACUCUUGAAGCAACAAAUUCUUCUGUUUUCAAGUAUUACAUUCAUGACCUUUCAGAUCUGAUUGAUUGUUGCGAUCUUGGAUAUCAUGCCAGCCUGAACAGAGCCUUAAGAACAUAUCUCUCAGCAGAGUACAACCUUGAAACUUCUCGACAUGAGGGCCUGGACAUUAUUGAGAAUGCUGUUGAUAAUUUGGAGCCGCGAAGUGACAAGCAGAGAUUCAUGGAGAUGUAUCCUACAGCUUUUUGCCCUCCCGUGAGAUUUGAAUUCCAGCCCCAUAUGGGUGAUGAGGUUUCUCAGGUCAGUGCUCAGCAACCAGUCCAAGCGGAACUUAUGCUUAGGUAUCAGCAACUUCAGUCACGGCUAGCCACGCUUAAAAUUGAAAAUGAGGAGGUGAAGAAGACAACAGAAGCAACUUUACAGACAGUACAAGACAUGGUCACCAUUGAAGACUAUGAUGUUUCUGAAUGUUUUCAGCAUAGUCGCUCAACUGAAUCUGUGAAGUCAACUGUUUCUGAGACUUACUUGAGUAAGCCUAGCAUUGCUAAGAGAAGAGCUAACCAGCAGGAGACUGAGCAGUUCUAUUUCAUGAAAUUCAGAGAGUACCUGGAGGGGAGCAACCUCAUCACAAAGCUCCAGGCAAAACAUGAUUUAUUACAGCAAACACUUGCAGAAGGUCAUAGAGCAGAAUAUAUGACUACAAGUCGAGCACGAAGGAACUCGCACAUCAGACAUCAGGACUCAGGACAAGUAAUCCCCCUCAUAGUAGAAAGUUGCAUCCGAUUUAUCAACUUGUAUGGUCUUCAGCACCAAGGCAUUUUCAGAGUCUCUGGUUCCCAGGUGGAAGUCAAUGAUAUUAAAAAUUCAUUUGAGCGAGGUGAAAAUCCUUUGGCCGAAGACCAAAGUAACCAUGACAUUAACUCAGUUGCUGGAGUGCUGAAGCUUUAUUUCCGUGGGCUAGAGAACCCUGUCUUUCCUAAGGAAAGAUUUAAUGAUCUUAUUUCUUGCAUCAGAAUAGAAAAUCUCUAUGAGAGAGCUCUUCACAUACGUAAACUCAUCCUGACUUUGCCAAGAUCAGUCCUUAUAGUGCUGAGAUACCUCUUUGCCUUCCUCAAUCACCUUUCACAGUACAGUGAUGAAAACAUGAUGGAUCCUUAUAACCUGGCCAUUUGUUUUGGUCCAACACUGAUGCCUGUUCCAGACAUACAAGACCAAGUGUCAUGCCAGGCUCAUGUGAAUGAAAUAAUCAAAACUAUAAUUAUUCACCAUGAGACCAUUUUCCCUGAUACUAAGGAGCUUGAUGGCCCAGUUUAUGAAAAAUGUAUGGCUGAUGAUGAAUAUUGUGAUAGUCCCUAUAGUGAGCAUGGUACCUUAGAAGAGGUGGAUCUGGAUGCAGGUACAGAGACACACACCAGUGAAGAUGAAUGUGAACCCAUAGAAGCUAUUGCCAAGUUCGACUACGUUGGGAGAUCUGCGCGAGAACUUUCUUUUAAAAAGGGAGCCUCCUUGCUUUUGUAUCAUCGAGCUUCUGAUGACUGGUGGGAAGGAAGACAUAAUGGGAUUGAUGGUCUUGUACCUCACCAAUACAUAGUGGUUCAAGAUAUGGAUGAUGCAUUCUCUGAUACAUUGAGCCAAAAAGCAGAUAGUGAAGCCAGCAGUGGUCCAAUAACAGAUGAUAAAGCUUCAUCUAAGGAUAUGAAUUCACCAACAGAUCGUCAUUCUGAUAUACAUUCAGGAAGGCAACGCAAGAAAACUGAACUUCCCUUGUCCAGCAGACGUCCUGGCAGGACCAGUGACGGACACUGCCCAGUGCAUCCCCCCCACAGCCUGGCCAAUUCAUCUCUAGAGUUAGGUUCCCCCAGUUUGGCAAGCCACAAUCUUUCUCGCACUGUCCUACAAAAUCGCAGCCUCAACACCGACAGCCCAGAAAGGAGGCGCAGGCCUGGUCAUGGCAGCCUUACUAAUAUUAGUAGGCAUGAGUCACUGAAGAAGAUAGACAGUCCUCCAAUCAGAAGGUCAACAUCAUCUGGCCAGUACCCGGUUUUCAAUGAUCAUAAACCACUUGAUCCAGAGUCAAUUGCUCAGGAUAUUGAAGAAACAAUGAAUACAGCUCUGAAUGAACUCCGAGAACUCGAACGUCAGAGCUCUGCAAAACAUGCUCCUGAUGUAGUGCUGGACACUUUGGAACAAAUGAAAAAUCCUCCCUCCAGCACCACCUCAUCUGAAUCAUUGAGUCCUCAUCACAAUGUCCUCCUAAGAAGCACUGAGCCUCAAAUUCGGCGCAGCACUAGUUCUUCCAGUGACACCAUGAGUACCUUCAAACCCAUGGUGGCACCCAGGAUGGGAGUGCAACUGAAGCCCCCUGCACUUAGGCCCAAGCCCAUCGUUCUUCCAAAAACCAAUCCAAGCCUAGGCCCAUCUUCUCCUUCUCAAGGUUCAACAGACAAGUCUUGCACCAUGUAAAGACUGUGGAAUGAACUCCCAUAAAAAUGGAACACUGAUAGCUGUCUGGACUCCGUCACACCUUUAAUUUGUGUUUAUAACUAGAGAACUUUUGUUUUUUCAGGGUUUUUAAAUGUAAUGUCUCAAGCUACCUACAUUAAUGUGGGCAUUUGAUAUGAGUUCAAUUUUUAAACUGGACAACUCCGUAUGAUAUUGUAAAACAACAGGAACACACAGUUACUUGAAACUUCCACACAGCACCUUUUUUCUAAUAAAAACACUACAGGUCACUGCCAGCCUCCCAGGAAGUUCAAUAAAUUUACACUGACUGUACUUUUUAGAUCUCACAAGGAGUUAUUAUGAAUGGUUAUUUGAAAUGAACUUACUCAUUUAUUAUCUUCUAUUUUCCUUCUAAUAUGAACCAGAUUUUUAUAAGGGCUGAGAGUUUGCAUCUUGAGACUUAUUCAGCAGGGUAUAUAAAGUGAAUAGAGAAGAUAAGGUAGGAUCAUUCUGACAUUGCCUUUGAAACACUUGGUAUAGGUAUUGGCAUUCCUCGUAAUCUCAGAUGGUGGGAAAUGAGGAAUUAGUUCUCUUUCUCACCGAUGUAGAUGCUGGCUUUCCAAAUCAAAGUGAAAGCUUGUCAGAAUGGCUGUAGACUGAUUUGUAUUGGUUGCACUCAGGCUUUCUGUAUUGCAAUAAAGCUAGAUUUUUAGCCACUGAUUCCUUCAGAUAACUAUUUGCAAACAAUUCACUAUUAAAAAUGUUUACAUUCCUAUGAGCCAAUUGUUUGGGUAUCUCGGCAGAUAGAAAGUCUUAGUUAGCUUAUGAUUUGUAACUAAGCAUUCCUGGAAAGUUUGAAAGAUAGUUGUGGAAUUUAACAAUUUGAAGCUGCUCUAUCCUUAUGGUUAUGGAACACAACAUGUGCUGGUUGUUGGUUUUGUCUUUCUUUCACUUAUUAAAAUGCAUUAUCUAUUUCAAACUGGAAUAGCUCCUUAUGUUGAGGCAAGAGGUUGUUCACAAGAUGAUGUCGAUUUCUAUUCUAAAAUAUGUGUAUAUGUGAGAGUGAACACCAUGAAUACUGCUGCACCAUUUGAAACUUGUUACAAGUGAACUAAUUAUACAGCUGUCUUGCACAAUCUAACACUCAGCUGUAUCAUUUCUGUGAAUGUUUUUGGCAAGGUCACCUCUCAACCUCUCACAGGAAGAGUCUUUGCGUGUAAUUAAUCAAGCAACCACUUAAGUACAAUCAUAGCUUCUAUCUUCAGAGUAUAAUACCUUGAGGGAAAGAUGGGGUGGGGAGUGGAUGGGUUCAUUUACUACUCAUCAGAACAGACAAACCUGAAUCCAAACGAAGAGGUUCAUUUCUCACGGCACUUGUCACAUUAGGAACUUGCUAUUCUUCCAUCUAAAUCCUUUUGUUUGGCUGCUUUGCGUUAUCUGGAAUUGAAUGGAAGAAGACAAGCCAUCCUGAGAUGAGAAUUGUUAGCACGUAGCAGUCGAAGGGCAUUGUAGCCUAUUAUAGUUUCUUGGCUUAUUCCCACUGAAACUUAAUAAUGAUAUUUAUGGGAAUGAGGCAUGGGCAUGACAAAGACAUUUUAAAGUUGCCUUCCGAAGAAGUCCACAAACCAACCUGUGCACAUAUAGCUGUAUCUGUUAUUUGUGACCAGAAAGAAGGAAAAAUGUGAUAAGGGACUUUAUAUAAGCUUCCAGUCCUAAACGAGAAGUACUUUUUCUCCCUUAAAUCAUCAACUGAGUGGCUCUUUACAAGCCUUGGAAGAGAAAAUAAAUCUGCUAGGUGGUUUUCAUUUAUUUGGCAGCUCACUAAGAUAAUAAUUCACUUAAAAGACAUCCAAAUGUAGUAUAUAGAAUGAUAUUAUUUGCAGCGGGACACUGGUAGUGAAGAAAUGUUAUAAGGUGCAACUAUGUAGAGAGGAACUCUGUCAUAUGUCCCUUGAGUGCAUCUUGGAAGCUUAAUUAAGGCCCUAAAUUCUGUACUGGGCAUUUAGCUAAUACUGUGAUGGUGAAUUCUGUUCUUACACUAGCCUACAUUGGGAACCCAUGGGACAAACUGGUAUGCCGGCUUUCUUUUAAGUGCAUUCUUGCCUAGCUAUUUUAUUAAUUAACAUAUUACGUGGCAUAAUCCAGGUGGGUUCCCGUAUCUUAAAAUGACAUAGAGAAGCCACAUGUCCAAAUAAUUGUGCUGCCCUCCAUACUGCUUAUAUUAGAAAUUGUUUAGUGAAGAAAAAUAGUAGAAACAGUACCUUUCGUGAAUGCUCCCAGUUUGAGCAUUCACGUGUAACAUGAGUUAAAUGUGUGUAGUUUGAUGGUUUAUUAUAGCGACUUCAAGUAUAGUGAAUGGGUAUGUAGCAGGAAAGACUGAUCAAAUCACAGGCAUAGUAAAGGGUAAACGCCUGUCUACCUAAUCAAAUCAGUAUUGUCCUUGGCUGUCAGUUUGAUAGAUUGCAGUGCUGGUAUCUUCCUGCUUGUUGACUGUUGCCUAAUUGUGUCAAUGUACAUCUGUAAGUAUGUACAUGUGAAAGUGCCUUUACAUUUUUAGAGAAGCUUUAGCCUUGCUCUUGUACUGUUGCAUUUCCAUGUCAUUUUCUGCUGCUCUUGUACUGCUGCAUUCUCACUGCAUUCCUUCCAUACCCGAAUAACAGAAGAUUUACAGUUGCACAGUCCUCAAAGAUGGCAAAAAAGUACUGUUAAGCUGUUGUGACAAUGCACUUUUAUGUAUAGUACUGUACAUUUGAGCAUGUACCAUUACAGGCUUCAAUAUGCAUUCAGAUUUUUUUUCUCAUAAGUGUAACUUUAUAAUAAAUAAGAAUAGCUUUCUCUGUC